UGAGACCGAUAACGGGGCAUGUAAGACAGGUGUCGGCCGCCAUGUACGGCUCUACUACAGCAGUCUAAAACCCUGUCUCCCUCUCUCUCGCUCAAAGAUUGAUUCGCUCCACGUCUCGACGUCCAAUCCCCCCAAAUGACUAGGUCGCACAUGAGGUAGAUGCCAAGCAGGGUCGCAGCUAGGCGGAGGAGCGAGCGACCAUGGCCCGCUUGUUGACCAAACUGCAGCGCCUGUACAGACGGGCCAUAGGGAACAGAAGAACGCUGUUGCUAGUUCUAGCGUUAGGUUUGUGUUUGUGUACCUACAUGACCGGGCACGUUCACGCACCGAGUCGUGCGUUGAGAUUCGGCGGCGGCACGAUCCCCAGCGAAGGGCUGGUGGUACGCGAGAGGCUAUUAAAGAGCGGCAGGGACUCCAACUCAGCGCCCCAGUCGGAUACAGCUGAGACGAGGCAGUCGCGGGAGGGAAGUGACAGUCUAUCGGGCGACGUGAUGGCCCCCGCCCGGAAGGAGACGAACCCCGUCCCGCCGACAGAGGGCCGUGAGAGCGGGGUCGAGGGGAACGGGAGCACAAGAAGGGAACUCCCGACAGGGGUCAAAAUGAUCAUCUCAGGAAUUAACGUAACCGCUCUUGGCUGCUUCAAUGACCGCCCCGGCCGCACGGAGAGAGCCUUGCAGGACGACUUCUUCGCGGACUACCGAAAGAUGACAGUGGAACUGUGCCUUAGACGAUGCAAAGACAAGUCAUAUGAGUACGCUGGGCUCGAGUACGGUGCCGAGUGCUACUGCGGUCCCGAGGUGCAUCGCGACAGCGAUCUCGUUCCCAUGGCAGAAUGCAACACGUCGUGCGUUGCUGACCAAACCUCGACGUGUGGCGGGAAACUCAGGGUCUUCGUUUAUCGGUUGGAGCUUCCGCCGUCUCCACAUCAGAGGGUUCUACCGAGAGUCAAAUCGUCGGAUGACAAAAAAAAGUCGUCCGUUACUCCUAAAGAUGAAAACUUCUUCCGAGGGUGUUACCCGAUGGCGCCGGACUUCGACCAGGCCUUCAGUAUACCGCCACUGAUCGACGAACGGCAAGCGCCUAAGAAAUGUUUAACUCACUGCUUCUUACAUAGCUUUACAUUUGCCGUGCUGUACAACACGACCGUCUGCCAGUGCGCGGACAUCAGCGAGCACUUCCACCUGAGGGACCAGGUUGCAGACGACACUUGUGACCACCGUUGCCCUGACGACCGCGCAAAGAGCUGUGGUAGCCUGACUCAUUUCUCUGCCUACAGGACUCUAGUAGAAGACAUUCGAUGUACGAAGACGGUCUUGUUGCCGACCAACAGUCGCCCGCUGACGGCCUUGGUGAGCUUCCCUGGUUCGGGUAACACCUGGGUCCGCCACCUGAUUGAGAAGGCCACGGGGAUCUACACGGGAAGCUUCUACAACGAUGGGGACCUCUUCAACAAGGGGUUUAUCGGUGAGAAGGAAAACUGGCUAAAAAGAAACACGGUUGCAGUGAAGAGUCACCGGUUUGACAGAUCGCACAUUGACAAGUUUGACAGCGGCAUCUUGAUCAUCCGGAAUCCCUACAACGCCAUCGUGUCGGAGCACAACAGAAAACAUGGCGGACAUACGGGGCUGGCCAGACAGACCAAGUAUCAGUCACAAGAAUGGGUGGACUUUGUGACAGGGAAGUCGCAGACCUGGACGAACACCGCCAUGAACUGGAUCCGCUACUGCAGCAACCUCCUCAUCGUGUACUACGAGGAUCUUCAGCGGGACGUCGUCGGGCAAAUCCGGCGGGUUCUGCAAUUCCUGGACCUUCCCGUGUCCGAGGAAAGGAUGUUUUGUCUCGAGGCGAACAAGGAAGGGAAGUUCAAAAGGCACAAACACAUCGAUUUCGAUCCGUAUACACCAGAGAUGCGAGCGUCCAUCAACCUGUACAUUCACACCGUGGCGUUAUCUCUCAAACUGUACAACAAAACAGACUUACCUGAGGAGUAUCGCCCAGAACUAUGAGGUCAAUACGAUUCAACAACCAGAGAAGUAGCCUGAUUAAAAUUGCGCUCCUAGCGGCCGGCACUACAAUUGCCGCCGCCCUAGGACGGGGAGGGGGUCAUUAACCCCAGCCAGCGAGAGAUUGUGUAAACACAGGCUACCAGGGAAGACGCUACAAAAAUAAUCAACCAUCGCGAUGAAAGGUUUUGACGUAUAGAAGGAUUUUCAGAGAAAAUCCACGGGACCAUUCCUGGAAAGAAAUAUUUUAUCGAAAGAAUCGCUGACGAAAAUGUCUAGGCUGGCAGGUUCCAGUAUUUGUGUUCAAUAAACGUUUUGAAAAGGACCUUUAAAUCUAAAAAUUUGGAAACGUUGUUCUGUUUAUUGCUAAUUUGUGGUAUAUUUUACGACUCAAAUGAUCUACGUUAUACCUCUAAACAUUGCAGUUUUGCAAAUGUUAUCUAUUUAUUCAAUUUUGAAUAUGCUUGCUAUGAUACUUUGUUUGUUAGCUGAUUCGGUUCUUAAACCGUCCAAAUUCCAUUUAUUUGUGUUUGUUGCUUCUGAGAGAAAAAGAAUUCUUUUGCGGAUUUGUUUUAAAGCGGUAUAGAGUGGUAUUCUUCAGUUGAUAGAUCCUAUUCAUAUCAUAGAUAUGUUAAUAGAUCAUGAAAUGAAAUUGUUACAUAGUUAUUAAAGGACGUGUGUCGGAGGAAAAAAAGCCGAAAAGGAUGUCUCCGAGUCAACAUGUUGGUGAAUCCCGUGGCUAUCAUGCCUAAAACAUAGUCAGGAUUUUCUGAUACUUGUUGUUUUCACAUUGAAAAGUCGACACAGUGAUUGAAUUCUAUGUACACGUUCGUACUUGACACGUUUUAUGUGUAUAACUUUCAAAACUUUGCACUGUUGUGUGAAUUGAGAAUAGCAAGCCUUUUGAUGCAAUCAAAAUUCAUUAUUUUGUGCUACAAAUCGACUCGAAGCAAUCAAGAUGUCGUUUCUAAACGUGUGCCUUAUCCCUGACCAGAUUAUUUAUGAAAAAGCAAGUGCAAUUUUUGUGUACAUAGCUAUUUUCCAGGGCGCAGACUGGUCACGCUAUGAUGAGUGUUAAGGAACCUAUAUAUUUGUGUCAACUUGUGUGGAGGUGUACGCACCAUGCUUUGUUUGUUGUAGUUAUUGUCAUGUCACUGCAGGUUCAGCUGUAAAUUAUAAAUCAAUAUUUGUCCAGUUGUAUCAAAUUGCCCGAAUGUCCACGUGAAUAAAGCAAGUAUAUUUCUGGUCAACACUGU